AUGCCUUCAGAUAAUAAAGACAUUGAAGAUCGGAUUACUAAAGCCCUCGAAUCCCUCCAUACUCAAUCAAAACCAAAUAUCACGAAAACUGCACAAGAAUUCGCGGUUCCUCGCGGUCGGCUUCAUCGGCGUUGGCAUGGUGGAAAAUCACUAUUUAAACAACAACCCAAUGGUCGUAAGCUUAAUUCUGCUCAGGAAUUAGCUCUUUGCGAAUACAUCAACUACUUUGAUAAGGCAGGAGAUACUAUUUUUAGUACUCCGAAAACCGCUGAAAAGGUUAGGAAAAUAAAUGGUCAGAUGAAUAAAUAUAGUCCUAGCUCUCUACGCUUUCAACAAGCGCUAGAUAAGCUUCAAAAGGGGGGGCUGAAGCUCAGGCUACUCUAG